GUCCCCACUCAACAAAACACUCAUCGGCACGGGGGGGAGGAGGACUGCAUCAUCCGCAUGUGGGACGCCGAGACGGGCAAGCUGCUGCGAGAGACGGAGCCGGAAGUGGCGCACAGCAAGACAGUGACGUCACUGUCCAAGUCAGCAGACGGGUCGCACUUCAUCACAGGGUCGUUGGAUAAGUGUGCCAAGCUGUGGGACACACGCACACUGCGUCUGCUCAAGACGUACCAGACAGAGCGACCCAUCAAUGCCGCUGACAUCUCCCUCUCUUCGACCAUGUCACCUCACCUCUGGCUGCUCAAGACGUACCAGACAGAGCGACCCAUCAACGCCGCUGACAUCUCCCCUCUCUUCGACCAUGUCAGUUCCUCCUCCCCUCUCCUCGUCCACUCUCACUACCUCACCAAUCAGUUCCCCUCCCUGCCUUCACAACGACCAUCACCUUUCUUCCUCCCUUUAUCUCUCUGA